GCGCAGGUUCACAGUCCUGUCUUCACCUCCAUGCUUCACAGCGGAGACCAAUAAUGGGGCCAAACAGUCAAGCACUCAAACACAGAUCCUCACAUGACACAGAGAGGGAAUUCGGAGGAACCCUGGGUGCAAUAUGCAUUCCCAUCUUUCUUCCAUUAACGGUGCUUUUCCUGAUCUCUGUGAAUCAAUCACCUGAGGCCAGCCUAUUCCAGUGGCCCCCUCCUCUCCCCUCCACUAACCAGCUAUGGGACUCUCUGGCCCCUAUGCUCCUGGUGGGCUGGAUGAGUCUGCACGCCUGCCUCUACCUGCUUCCAUUAGGAAAGGUGUCUGAAGGAUUAGUGCUGAGGGAUGGAAAGCGUCUCAAGUAUCCCAUUAAUGGUUUUCAUGGCCUGUGCAUCAGCGGUGUGAUGCUGCUGUUGUUACUGAUGCUCGGGGCUCCUCUGGGGUAUCUGUUUGAGCUGCUGUUGCCUCUGGCGGUGUGUGCAAUAGGAGUCUCAUUCCUUCUCUCUGUCUACCUCUACGUCCGCUCUUUUUGGGCUGCCAAUCAUGCUCUCGCUUUGGGGGGCAACACAGGAAAUCCUCUGUAUGACUUCUUCAUCGGGCGGGAGCUGAACCCUCGGAUCGGAAACUUUGACCUGAAAUAUUUCUGUGAGCUCAGACCGGGUCUGAUUGGCUGGGUGGUCAUAAACCUCGGCAUGAUGAUGAAAGAGGUGGAGCUGCGAGGCUCCCCCUCCCUUGCCAUGAUACUGGUCAACAGUUUCCAGUUGCUGUAUGUGGCAGACGCUCUGUGGAAUGAGGAGGCUGUUCUGACAACCAUGGACAUUGUGCAUGAUGGUUUUGGCUUCAUGCUGGUCUUUGGAGACCUGGCCUGGGUUCCCUUCACAUAUGGCCUGCAGGCAGCUUUUCUGGUCAUGCACCCACAGGCUCUCAGUUUACUCGGAGCCGCAGCUAUAAUAACACUGAACGGUAUUGGAUAUUACAUCUUCAGAAAAUCCAACUCACAGAAGAACCAGUUCAGACGAGACCCAACGCAUCCAAGUGUUGCACGACUGGAGACCAUCGCCACAGCAACAGGGAAGCGUUUGCUGGUGUCCGGCUGGUGGGGUCUCGUUCGUCAUCCUAAUUACCUCGGUGACCUCCUCAUGGCCCUGGCGUGGUCCCUGCCCUGUGGAUUCUCACAUCUUCUGCCUUAUUUCUAUGUCAUAUAUUUCACCGUCUUGCUGAUUCACCGAGAGGACCGUGAUGAGAGACAGUGUAGGGCCAAAUACGGACUAGCGUGGGACACCUACUGUCGACGUGUGCCCUACAGGAUCUUCCCUUAUAUAUACUGAAAAGGAAACAAGAGUGGAUUUAACCCUUGUGUGUCCUUGAGUUCAUAUGAACGUAGCAAUAACUUGAAAUCCAUAAAUCCAUUUUGGGUUAUAUGAACCAUGGUGCUGCUACUGGGAAUCUGCAGGGAGCUCACAAUUUAAACCAGCUUAAUUCGUAAAGGCUGCUGUUCAGUUACAAAAUUAUAUUUGAUGAAUCACUACUCAGAUUUAGGCUAAAUCAAUGCAUUUUGAACUUGAGACCUCACAGGAAUCUGAUAUAAGUCUGCAUUAUACAAGUUACUUCUAAAACAUUCCACCAUAAAAGGUAAAAGUAUAGUAGCAUAUUGCUGAUUGUUAGGCACUGAGUGGAUUUCUUCUUCUUUUAAACACAUAUUAUACAAAGAUUAUUAUAACU